UCCAGAAAACUUCUCUGACGACCGCCGCGAAUCCACUCGAAUCUCCUCUCAACGUCUUCCGAUCGCUUCAAACGAUCGUCCACCUCAUCUACACACAACCCACCACAAGAUGUCGAAUCUGAAACGCCAACGAACGGACGACAGCGACACAAACGCGACAACCAACGUUUUCUCUCAGCAGAGACGCGGGUUCUCUCAGCAUCCAGUCCUAGCGCCCGCUCCCGGCCCUCCAGCAGCUGUUGUUGGCCUGGGACCAACGGCAUUCGAGCAGCUGCAGGUGGAGGCGAGCAUUGCCAACAGUAUGCAGCAGUAUGCUGCUGCGCAUGCCAGUGGGCAGGCGUUUGGGGUGGCUCCGCCCACGCCUCUGGUGCACAGCUCGCAGGGUCUGGGGCAUCAUCUUCCUGCGCAGACGCACCAGCAUAGUCAGAGUCAGUCUCAGCAGCAGACACAGCAGCAACAGCAGUUUCAGAGACUGAAGGUUGAAGACGCUCUUUCCUAUCUUGACCAAGUGAAGGCUCAGUUUGGAAAGCAGCCACAGGUUUAUAACGACUUCCUGGACAUCAUGAAGGAGUUCAAGUCACAAAGUAUUGACACUCCUGGUGUUAUUGGUCGAGUAUCCAGCCUGUUCAAAGGUCACCCUGAUCUUAUAAUGGGAUUCAACACCUUCCUUCCUCCAGGAUACAAAAUAGAAGUGGUUGCUACUGACUCACAACAUACUGUCACUGUGCACGGCCCAGGAGUACAAUCGGCAACUGUUUCUCAAACUCAAGUGCAACCACCACAGUCUAGUGCUCCUGUAAUUCCACCCAACUCGUUUGCUGCUCUAUCCAUGAUGGUGUCACCACCUCCAGCGGCACAAGCUGUUGCAGCAGUUGCGGCAGCUGCAGCUGCUGCGGCUUCCCAACCACAGAGUCAGUCAGUGCAACAGCAGCCCGUUGAAUUCAACCAUGCAAUCAAUUAUGUCAACAAGAUCAAGAAUCGUUUUCAAAGUGAACCAGACACAUACAAGGCGUUUCUGGAGAUACUGCACACGUACCAAAAGGAGCAGAGGAAUAUUAGAGAGCUUGCACCUACUGGUGUGAAGUUAUCUGAAGCAGAAGUUUACCAGCAAGUUGCCAAGCUGUUUCAUCAUGAGAACGACUUGCUGCAAGAGUUUGGUCAGUUUCUACCGGAAGCAAGUCCGUCAUCCGGACAUCAUACUCAAUCGUCAAAAUCUCUUGGUUUACAAACUUCGUAUCUCGGUCAGUCAUCUGCUGUCCAUAAGAAGACUGGAACAGUAACAAGCAGUCGUGGCACUAAAACAGGUCAAAGCAAACGGGCUAGCAAUACUGGAUCAAGUCAAGGCCCACCUAAGAAAAAGCCUAAAUCCGGAACCGGCAAAGAUGUAUCUAUAGCAGAAGCUGGUAAACAUGGAAGUUUUACAGAAUAUGCAUUUUUUGACAAGGUUCGAAAGGCUCUACGAAGUCACGAAGUGUACGAGAACUUCUUACGAUGUCUGAAUCUCUUCAACCAAGAGAUCAUAUCACGAGCCGAACUGGUGCAGCUCAUCACACCAUUUCUAGGGAAGUUUCCUGAUCUGUUCACGUGGUUCAAGCAAUUUCUUGGGUACAAAGAGUCGGGACAUGUUGACCUCUCAAUGCCUGCGGUGAAAGAGAGAGGCUCGGAGUUGGCGGCCGAGAUUGAUUUUACGUCAUGCAAACGAUGUGGAGCGAGCUAUAGGGCAUUGCCGAAGAGUUAUAGUCAACCAAAAUGCUCAGGACGAACUGCUUGGAUGGAUGAGGUUCUCAAUGACACGUGGGUCUCGUUUCCCUCGUGGUCCGAAGACUCGACAUUCAUCACAUCAAGAAAGACACAAUACGAGGAGUACAUCUACAGAUGUGAAGACGAGAGAUUUGAAUUGGAUGUCGUGUUAGAAACCAAUCUAUCUACAAUCCGUUACCUUGAGGCCGUCCAUCGUAAGUUGUCCUGCAUGUCACCCGACGAGCAAGCCAAGUUUCGUCUCGACAACUGCCUGGGAGGAACAUCAGAAGUUAAUCAACGUAAAGCAAUACAAAGAAUAUAUGGAGACAAGGCUUCCGAUAUAAUCGAGGGUUUGAAGAAGAACCCUUCUGUUGCCGUUCCUAUUGUUCUUAGAAGGCUGAAGGCAAAGGAAGAAGAGUGGAGAGAGGCUCAGAGGCAGUUUAAUAAGAUAUGGAGAGAACAACUGGAGAAGUUUUAUUUGAAGUCCUUGGAUCAUCAAGGCAUCAAUUUCAAGCAAACCGACUCGAAAGCGAUGCGAUCAAAGAGUCUGAUCAAUGAGAUAGAAACAAUGUAUGAUGAGAGACAAGAGCAAAUAGCUGAUGGUGCGAGCGAGAUGACUGGACCUCAUGCUGUGUACACAUACCAAAAUCGUGCUGUCCUUGAGAAUGCGGCCGAUCUUAUUGUGCAUCAUCUAAAACGUCAAGCUGGAAUUCAAGCUGAAGACAAAACUAAAAUAAAGGAACUUGUUUAUCGCUUUUUACCGGACUUUUUCUUUGCGGAAAGAGGAGAUCUAAGUGAUGAUGAAGAUACGUCAACAGGUGAUAUAAUAUACACAAACUUCUAUCAUAGCAUCAUAAUGUUAUUGUUCUCUUUCAAUGUUUCAGCAAUGGAGACGGACAGUCGUGUUGCUGGUAGAUCUGCUAGUGAAGGAAAGACGGCUGUUGCAUCAGAGGACUAUACGUUAUUGUUUGGUAACAACAACUGGUACAUACUGCUGAGAUUGCAUCAGAUGCUCUGUGAUCGUCUCUUCAAAAUCUACAGACAAGCUGUCGUCGUCGCCGAAUCCGAAGCUCCCUACAAGCAGCAGAGGAAAGACUCAAUCGCCGUAGCUCUUCGACUAAAAGUCCUCAAUGAGAUUGAUGUGGAAGAAUAUUAUCCAACGUUUCUCGACAUGGUCAAGAGUCUCUUGGAUGGGAACUUGGAUUCGAAUUUGUUUGAGGACACGUGUCGGGAGAUGUUUGGUGUGCAUGCGUAUAUCUCGUUUACAAUGGACAAGCUGAUACAGGGAAUUGUUAGACAACUCCAGAACCUCGUGACUGAUGAAACGUGCAUUCAAGUUCGUGAGUUGUACGUCGAAGAGUCAACGAACUUGGUACAAGCUGUGAAUCGUCCUGCUGCAGAGGCUGCAUACCAGAAGAGAGCAGAACAACUACUGAGUGAUGAGAAUUGUUAUAAGCUAGUCGUGCACAAGAAAGAUUGUAGAUUAGAGAUUGAACUCAUUGACACAGAAGACGACGAUCAGUCACUGCAAAAUCCGGUUGAGAUAGAGAAAUGGGCAAGUUAUGUGGAGACUUUUGUAAGUUCAUCGAGUUUAGCUGAAGACAGUCGAUUGGCUGCUCAAGUGAAGGAGAGGCUGACGAAUCGUCCGAUAUUUCUAAUGAGAAAUGUUCAUGGAACUAAAGCUCGUUUGCGUGGCAUUUAUCGAGGCAAAUCAGAAGGAGCUGAAGACGAGAAUGGAGGAUCUCCACGUGAAGAAGGAGUUGCUUCCAAUGCAUCAAACAGAAAUCCUCUUACUGGUCUAGUGACUCUUGGAGAAGUUGAAUGCAAGUUUGCCACUAACUCGUAUAAGAUGAAGUUUGUUGCCAACACGAGAUCACUCAUGUUCAGACCAACAACAAGAUACGAGGCAAAGAAGCUUUUUCCUGCAAUCAAACAACGGAAAGCCGAUCAAUUCGACACCUGGUACGACCAGUGGCUCGAACAGAACACGACCGACUUCCAACAGAAAGGAUGCUCAGACUGGUUGAGCGGUCACGUGACCGGCCUCCGACCAGGCUGCGUGACACACUGCAAGACCGUCAACAACGUACCUCAGUACGUCACAGAAUGGGCCACCGAAUCGAGAGUAGACAGCAAACCCAAGAACGUCGUCGAGGACAUCGAAGGGAAGAUGGCGGAAUCAUGAAACGUGUAGUAUCCCGGAUGUUGCUUAUAGUGUAGUAUCCCGGACGAUGCAUCUCGUCUGGCGAUUUGGUUGCUCACGUCGUGUGCAGUCUGUGCUAGAGUGCCGGUUGCUUGUUAAUAGUUGCGGUUCUUACGCGUCAUGUUUAUUACAUCACUCUCCUGUAGGGCAUGGAAUUGAAGAGGUCUAGGACAUUCUAUAUGUUGA